CGAGUGCAUCGUCACUUCCUGUAACUCGCGGAUAAAGACGGACCUGGCAUCACCUAGUUUGGGAGCUUCGCGGGUCAAUUUUUUGAGUUUGUUUGGCGUGAUCCGAGUUACAUCGGAGCCAUCAGAACUGCAACCAUGACUGUUGGAAAGAGUAGUAAGAUGCUGCAACACAUCGACUUCAGGAUGCGAUGCAUCCUGCAGGACGGUCGUAUCUUCAUCGGGACUUUCAAAGCCUUUGACAAACACAUGAACCUCAUCUUGUGRGACUGCGACGAGUUCAGAAAGAUCAAGCCCAAGAAUUCCAAACAGCCUGAGCGUGAAGAGAAGCGGGUACUUGGCCUGGUGCUGCUCAGAGGAGAGAAUCUGGUCUCCAUGACAGUGGAAGGACCCCCUCCCAAAGAUACUGGCAUUGCCCGUGUGCCCCUGGCUGGUGUGGCAGGAGGCCCAGGAGUUGGCAGGGCAGCUGGCAGAGGCGUCCCUGCCGGAGCACCCAUGCCCCAGGCACCCGCAGGCCUCGCUGGGCCGGUCAGAGGAGUGGGAGGCCCCUCGCAACAGGUAAUGACCCCACAGGGCAGGGGAACGGUCGCUGCAGCAGCAGCUGGUGCCACCCUCGCUGGUGCCCCCACACAGUACCCACCAGGCAGAGGAGGACCCCCRCCCAUGGGUCGCGGUGCACCCCCUCCAGGUAUGAUGGGCCCUCCCCCAGGCAUGAGGCCUCCCAUGGGUCCUCCAAUGGGAAUGCUCCCUGGACGUGGAGGUCCAAUGGGUAUGCCCCCUCCCGGCAUGAGGCCACCACACCCAGGCAUGAGAGGCCCACUACCCCCAGGAAUGCGUCCCCCCAGACCUUGAGUCUCCCCACUGGACUGAUGUUGUCUUUUAACUGUAAUCCCUACAAAAUCCUUCUCUUUCGGCUCCUGUAUAGUUUGAAUUUUGUAACUUUGUUUUGAUUUUUUUUUAAUAAAGUGUCAUGGACGAUUUGUUUUAAAAUGUUGGCCUCUGACUUGCUAUGCKGAUUAAAGUGAAUAUUGAUGCUGUGUUUGGCUGAAGUGCGUAUGUGUUGAGGGUGAUUUGUUGAACAGACAAUAUGGUGGUCUUAAUAAAUUAUCUUAAGAGAG